CGAAUAAUCUUUGAAUUUUACAUUUUUUUUGUAUUUUUUGACGUGUUUUCUACAAUUUCACAUGUUACUAUGAUUCCUAUUAACACCAAGCAGCCAGACGGGAAGGAGGGGACACGGAGCGGUGUGAGAACACUGAGGAAUCUGUCAGGCAGAUUAAGACAGAACAGAGAGCCUGAAGUUUACAGAAAGUCAGUGAAAAGGGGCCACGGAGUGUGGAGACCAUCUUGGCGCACCAUAAGGGGAGAUGGCGGGAGCUGACCAUGGAGAGCUGGUCUUUCGGGAGCAGGAAUGACCCUGGAAGGACUUGAUUUCUGCUGAGACCAACAACCAUCUCCCUAUUCUCCUCCACUAAUGGUACAAUGACCGGGACUGAUGGGGGCGAAGGUCCCGGAAUUGACACCCCAGAGCCGGUGGUCACUUUACAUUCAGGUCUUUACAAUGGAAGAUUAUUGACCGUCCUGCCCUACACGUCAAGAGCUGAGCAGACUGUACAAUGCCUCCAGAGGCUCCAGGAUUGUGGCAUCCAGGUCCCCGUGCAGCAGUGUAAAGACUCCCUACAGAUCCCGGCUCUCAUCCCCGAGGUUCACAGAUACAUCUUCUUCAGCUCUAGAGGCUUUGUUAUAAUCCUGGCGAUGGUCAUAUAUACCUCCAUUUGGAUCAAUCUCUACUCCACUGCACAGAUAUUCUCCAAUGGCCAUAGCUGGGUGACCAGUAUACCCGUCACCAUAACCGCUGCCGUUGUCACCAUUGUGGUUAUCUAUGCCAUCAACAAGCACCAGAAGAAGAUAAAUGUCAACACCGAUAUAAGACUGGCGGCGGCCAACGAGAUCUUCAUGGAGUACAAUGUCCUGUUGGGUCUCAGCGACCGAUCGAGAGGUUGUCACAUUGUUCCUUCUCUCUGCUUCAUAUACUUCCAUUUGUGGGGCUGCCACCAGAAACUAACCCAGCGCUUAGCCAACAUGAGUGAGAGUGACCUCAGAAUGUUCUUGGACCAGCUAUUUAUCUUCAUAGAAACCCCUGCUGACCCUGCAUUGGCGCAAGGUGGUCAUGUGGACAAUACGACAGAAGAGAGCCCCCUGCUGGCCAGUGGUUCCAGGCAGAAACCUGUUCUGUGCAACAAGAAGAUUCCACUUAUUCCUCGUAGUCAUCCAGAAGUGAUGGCUCGGCAGCUACUGAUCAUAGCCAGUGCCUGUUACGUGCGUCUCCUCACCUCCGGACAACUCCCGCGGGCCCGCGACGCCGGUCACACCGGGGUCCUCGAUGUACCGUGUCCCUGUCAGUUCAUUGAGAGCAGCAUCAUUGCACCCGGCCGUUGCUUCACAUGGAUGUAGAGGAAGCAAGAGGAGAUGAUGACUAUGGAUACCCAUGAUGUCGGAGGUUACGUCCCAGGGAGCGCGCAGAUUCGUCCGGCCGCCAUCACAUGGACGACCUACAGCAUUCUAUAGACAGAUCGUGCGUUCUGUGCUCCCCGUCGUGAGCAGCUGAUACUUGAACCGUGGCUACGUAGAAGAAAGCGAGGUCACGUGGACAGAGGUGCAAGAAGAGACCUUCACAUAUCUGGAAAAAGUACCAGCAAUAACUGGAACCGAAAGAUCGAAAUUAAGACUGGAACAAAAAUUACAGGACAAAUCCGUCAUCCUAUGGGGGAAGACAAUGGGAGCGGACCCAUUGUAUGACAUUGGCCAUACACAACUACUGCAUCGCACAAAAACAUGCCCGCACCUGCAGAAGUAUCCAACCUGUGUCCCUUCGGC